AUGCAGUCCGCCAGCAUGGCUUCAGCUUACAGCCCAGCGACAAAGACGACCAGAAUCUGGACAUACGAAGAGCGUCAGGCGGCUCACCUGCUUUGUUACCAAUUCAGAUUGCCAGUGCCAGAGCGCAAGCGCAUCUUCGACAUCCUGUUCGGGGGUGAUAACUCCGGCCGCGCAAUACGCUCACAAGGGUACGAACAUAAACCCAGAGAAGGCGUGAAACGUCAUGCAGACUGGGACCGAAUCUGCGCAACUCCUCGCACCGUAGAAGACGAGGCGACUCGCGACCGAUUGAUUGACGAAAUUCGGCGGUUGAAGGAUGAGGGCGCAACUCUCCACACGCCGAGCGGUAGUGGUACUCAGCACACUGCACCACCUACCGCUCCGUCACACGUCAGUACCACUGGACCCAUCGGCGCGUCUGCAGGACUUCUCAACGAGGCCAGCCCAGGAAGUGCAGAUGUCUUGAGAAGAGAUGAUCGAGAUGAAGUGCCGCAACACACCACUGUAGGCGAAGGGAACUCGCAACAACACUUGACGGGCGAAAACCACAACAACUUCGACGACGGCCACCCGUCCGUUGAAGUGAACACUUCACCAGCAACAGCCAUCCUGGCUCACGUGCAACCAUCUCCGGCACCAGACACCGCUGUCAUCAUCCAACACGGUAUGCUCUCCGCAGAGAUGACGCGCUUCGACUUGCAAAGCAUGGCCCUCGACCUGCAGCCCGACAUCUUUCCCUACAUCCACGCACGCGAAGUUGCCGAGACCCUGGUGGGCGGGAGGUACGUCUCUUUCCACGAUCCCAGUCUUUCGCCGGACGAGCGUGCUGACACCCGCGCUCCUUGGGUGCUUUUGGCUGUCAGCGUUGCGCUCGAUCUCAGGACAUGGAAUCGAGUGUGCAUCAGAGAACAUUGUCGUGUUUGCUCGAGGUAG